AUGGAGGAGGCCUGUGAAAGGGUUCAUUACGUGACGAUUGAACCCCCGCUUGGCGAAUCUGUCAGUGUCGGGGUCAGUAUCCGUUGUGCGACACAGGAGCUGUGUGACCACCGCUUCAUAUACUACCUUUCUUUGAGUGACGUGACCGCGGACUACAAUGAAGACCUACCGCCCGUUGUCACUAACUCUAGCCCUAUAAGAAUUACCCACGAAAUGCUCGGAAACAAGAUCAUUACUUGCAUAGCCAAAGGGAUGCGCCAUAAGGAAGUGCGAGUUUCUAAGCAUGUGGCAGUUGAAGGCAAGCCCUUCGGAAUCCAACUGGUUCGGAGAAACAACGCCGCUGGUACUUUGGUCAGUGAUGUGGAUAUCGUCAAUGCCAACGAAACCCUACUGUGCUCCAGCGGAGGUUUUCCAAAACCUGUAAUCUCAUGGCAUCGUGUAAGCUCGCCAAAAGAGCAUCCUGACUACGAGUUAACAAUUCACAGAAGCAGCCUAGUCACCACAAUUUUCGAUCCGCCUGGCUACUACACCUACACCUGUCAGGCCACAAAUGAGUUGGGAGAACUGUCCCUCAAACACACCUUCUACCUUCGUAACAAACAACACAUAGCUUUCGAUCAGCAGGCCAUCGUCUUGUGCUGGGUCCUUGUGAACUUGGGGAUUUUUGCUUGCCUGGUUUGGAUGGGUCAACUAAUUGUUAACAAGGAGCUGAUACCGUUUCUAGAAGAUUAA